GCGCGAGACAACGCGUGCAUCUCUUAGCCCAGCGUCAGCGGAGGAAUAUCUCAGUUGUUAUUUAUUCGGCUUGUUGUUCAUUUUCUAUUUUAUGAUUAAUCUGCGUUCUCACGUGUGAACCCGCUACAAAGACUCUAACAACUUCUUAUCUGGUGGCUGUUUCUUUUGUCAUCUUAAAGGAAACAAUCUACAUUUUGGAGUAACUUCCCCCAGGUGGAGCUCUGAAUAACAAAGACAUAAGAAAAAAAGAAAAAAACAUGGGAUUGAUGUUGCCAUAGCAAAAGGCUGUAGAGUGAGAAGAGGCAGACACACUGAAGCCAAAUUGUGGUGGUAUUAAGUCAUGAUGCAGGAAUCUGCGACAGAGACAAUAAGCAACAGUUCAAUGAAUCAAAAUGGAAUGAGCACUCUAAGCAGCCAAUUAGAUGCUGGCAGUAGAGAUGGAAGAUCAAGUGGUGACACGAGCAGUGAAGUAAGCACAGUUGAACUGCUGCAUCUGCAACAACAGCAGGCACUACAAGCAGCAAGGCAAUUGCUUUUACAGCAGCAAAGCAGUGGACUAAAAUCUCCAAAGAGCAACGACAAACAGCGUCCACUGCAGCAGGUGCCUGUGUCAGUGGCCAUGAUGACUCCCCAGGUGAUCACCCCUCAGCAAAUGCAGCAGCUCCUCCAACAGCAAGUGCUAUCCCCACAGCAGCUUCAGGCUCUUCUCCAGCAGCAGCAAGCAGUCAUGUUACAGCAGCAACAUCUCCAGGAGUUUUAUAAAAAACAGCAGGAACAGUUACACGUUCAACUUUUACAGCAACAGCAUCCAGGCAAGCAAGUAAAGGAGCAACAGCAACAGCAACAACAACAGCAGCAGCUAGCAGCCCAGCAGCUUGUCUUCCAACAGCAGCUCCUUCAGAUGCAGCAACUCCAGCAGCAACAGCACCUUCUGAACCUGCAGCGGCAGGGCCUCAUCUCUAUGCCUCCUGGACAGUCUGCCCUCCCUGUCCAAAACCUGCCACAAGCUGGCUUGAGCCCUGCAGAAAUCCAGCAGUUGUGGAAAGAAGUAACUGGGGCUCACAAAAUGGAAGACAGUAGCAUUAAACACGGAGGGCUUGACCUCACUACUAACAAUUCUUCCUCUACUACCUCCACGACCACUUCCAAAGCAUCGCCACCUAUUACCCAUCAUUCCAUAGUGAAUGGACAGUCUUCAAUCCUCAAUUCAAGAAGAGAUAGCUCUUUACAUGAGGAGACUGGGGCCUCUCAUUCUCUCUACGGCCAUGGAGUGUGCAAAUGGCCUGGUUGUGAAAGCAUCUGUGAAGAUUUUGGUCAGUUUUUAAAGCACCUUAACCAUGAACAUGCAUUGGAUGAUAGGAGCACGGCACAGUGUCGGGUACAGAUGCAAGUUGUACAACAAUUAGAGAUACAGCUUUCUAAAGAACGUGAACGUCUUCAGGCAAUGAUGACCCACUUGCACAUGCGACCCUCAGAACCCAAGCCGUCUCCAAAACCUCUGAAUUUGGUAUCGAGUGUCACCAUGUCCAAGAACAUGUCAGAGACGUCCCCUCAGAACUUACCUCACACCCCCACUACACCAACCGCCCCAGUCACUCCACUUACCCAGAGCUCCUCUGUUAUCACCUCAGCCAGUCUGCCCAGUGUAGGAGCCAUCCGAAGACGGCACUCAGACAAAUACAGCAUUCCCAUGUCAUCAGGUGGUGACACAGUGUUUAUUUUUCCAGAGAUUGCCCCAAACUAUGAGUUUUAUAAGAAUGCAGAUGUCAGACCUCCAUUUACUUAUGCAACUCUCAUAAGGCAGGCUAUCAUGGAAGCAGCUGACAUGCAGUUAACACUUAAUGAAAUUUACAGCUGGUUCACACGGACAUUUGCCUACUUCAGGCGUAAUGCAGCAACUUGGAAGAAUGCAGUUCGACAUAAUCUUAGUCUGCACAAGUGUUUUGUUCGAGUAGAAAAUGUUAAAGGGGCAGUGUGGACAGUGGAUGAAAUGGAAUACCAAAAGCGGAGGUCGCAGAAGAUAACAGGGAGCCCCACGUUGGUUAAAAACUUGCCAACCAGCCUGGGGUAUGGUGCAGCUCUCAAUGCAAGCUUACAGGCUGCAUUAGCAGAAAGUAGUUUACCAUUGCUUGGUAACCCAGGCCUGAUACACACUAGCUCAAGUAGUUUACUGCAGGCAGCCCAUGAAGACCUCAAUGGUUCACUGGACCACCUUGACAGCAAUGGGAAUAGCAGUCCAGGCUAUUCUCCACCGCCCCACAUGCACCCAAUUCAUGUCAAGGAGGAACCGUUGAAUACAGAUGAAGAGUGCCCAAUGUCAUUAGUGAUAACAGCCAAUCACAGUCCGGAACUAGAAGAGGAUAGAGAAAUUGAGGAAGAACAUUUAUCUGAGGACCUGGAAUAACAAGGAACAGACAUGAGUACCUUCAGCCACAGGGACAGAUGACAGACCUCCAUAACCACAUCACUGCAAAGAAAAUAUGGCAGACUUUUACUGUGACUAUUUAUUGAGCAUGCAUCAAGGAGACAGCCUAAAGGAACUAUUUGUUACAGCCCUUUGGGACUAAGUAAUGACAAGCAUUACAUGCUUGGUUUUUAACCUAUAAAGACUGGUUUCCUAAUAAACUCAAAAUGGCUCGGCCAUAUUACAAAAAAGAAAAAGAUUUGGCAAACAAGGGUUAAUGGAUUGAAGAAAAUGGGGAAGUCUGUUCUAUAGAAAGCUAAUGGACUCACAUACUGCCAAAAAUAGUGUUAGUUUCAUUCAGUGUGAAUUUCCAACCUGCAGUAGUUGUUAAUAUUAGAAACAAUUGCUGAUCCAGUUCAAGUUGUUGUUGUUUUAUCAUUUGCACAGGAGUAGUAUCAGAAAUUAGUGUCACUGCCUGUAUGUAGCUAAUAUUUUAAGACGGACCAGUAGUUUGUUUGUUUUUUCUUUGUUUUUUGUUUUUUAUGUUGGCGCCACCAACUGUAAAUGACAUUAGUUACCAAUUACAGAACCACAGUUAUGAGACUGUUGCAAAUUUGAAAUGCCCAAAAAAUAAAUAAAAACAACCUAGGCUUCCAGUAUUUUUGUUAGUGCUGAAAUGUAAAGUGUAAUCUUAAGUUGAAAAAGUAACUGUUUGUGCAAGCAUCAUAAGGAAAAAAUGCAUUUCCGCAUAUUCUACAACUGUUCUCUUUACCUCCUCGUUCUGAAGCUUUGUCUACCUGCAAACAGUCAAAGGCAACAGCUAGAAACCAAAGCCAACUCAAACAAUGGCCAAUAGCUCAGAGACAGAAGCAGCCACAUGCUUUGGUCAGCCUUCUGUGACUUUAAUUAGUACAAAGGAUGCUUUCCAUGAACUACCUUCUGAUAACCUCUGGGAUUGUUUCAUUUAGCCCUGUACAAAGAAAAUAACUCCAUUUUGAUGUGUUGUUUGAUUAAUUAAGAGUCCACCUUAAUGCAGAAUUUGCCUGUAUUUACUGUAUGGAAAAAUAAGACGAGCUGUAAACAUACUGUAAAAGAAGAUGGUGGUAGUUGGUAGGAAGCAGCUAAUUGUGGAUCAUAAAUACCACUGACCAAAACUUUUGUGUACUUAACAGAAGUGCAGAAUUUGUAAUGCUGUAUAAUUACAGUUUGGUUUACUUUGCAUUAAGCCAAACUGUAAUUAUACAUCCACUCAUGUUUUCUAGUGAAUAUGUGAUGUUAGUGGGACUGUCUUGUACAUUUUGUCUUUUAAUUUCUUGUACAAUUUGUUCAGAGCCAUCUUAAAUGAAACUGAAAACAACAUAGUAGUAACCAAACAUUUAAAGAUCUAGUGAAGCCAAAACCAAAAAAAUAAUUUCAAGUUGAUAUGAAAUGAUCUGGCAUGGUUGCUUCAAGUGAAAGCAAAUAUUAUAGCCAUUGUAGUCUAUGAUGUUUAAGGUGACUGUUGCCUUU